AUGGGACCCCCUCGUCGCAAGGUUCUGGCCACGGCCCAGGAGACUAUGACCCCUCCGGACGAGCUCGCCGAAACCCACCUGAUCGUGCGUGCGAUCAAGGCUACCGGGAACAACAUCUACCUGAUCGAAUCAGCCGACAAGCAGCAGAUGCUGGUCGAAUUGCCAGCAAAGUUUCGGUCGACUUUCUGGAUUAAGCGUGGUUCUUACCUUGUGAUCGACACCAAGGCAUCUGAUGAGCGGGAUAAUAAAAUUGGAGGCGAGAUUAUCAACAUUGUGCGGGAUGAGAAGGCAUGGAGAAAGGCCUCGUUCUGGCCCAAGGAAUUCGUUAAGCAGCCCGUGUAUACUGGGGGUGACUCCGACUCCGAGGAAGAAUCUCGUGUGGGCAAAAUGCCUUCCUCCGAUGAGGAAUCCGAUGCUUGA